AUGGAUCUCUACUCGAUCCUCGAGCCUGAUCAUCAGCUAACGAGCACCAAGUCUUUAAAGCUUGUCGAACUGAACUCUGAGAUUUUGCAAGCAAUAGAAAAUAAGGCUGAACUACGUUUGAAGUCCGCAUCCACCAAAGACUAUCCAGUGCUAGUAACUGCGUCAAAAACCUUCAAGAUCCGGCAGAAAAACCACUCUAAUUGUGUUCUACUUCUCAGCGAGCAUAAUGGUGACGCCUCAUCGUACGCGAGGUUCUCAAAUGAGCUUGUAUUAACGCCUACAGAGCCAACCAUAAAUUUACGUGGAAUAUCAGUUCUCACACAACUGUCAGAGCUGACAAAGAAGGGUCCAAUCACCUUGGAGAGCGUCUUUGAAAACUCUCCAAUGUCCGAGCAGGAAUUUGCGCGUCUGCGUCCUGAGCUGAAUCUCGUCGAGCUAGAAGGAAACGCCUACGUUCUACACGAAGAACUUGUGCGAGAUUGUCUCAGCAGCAUACUGAGAGCCAUUAUUGAAGAGCUGGUGGAAUCCGGCAACGAGAUGAACAUAAUGACGCGGCUACAAUCGCUCAAUAAGCAGUGGGUUACAGAUGUGGUGGAAAAGCAUCAGGAAGAGUCGUACCCGUCAGAGAUUACGCAAACGGUGCUUGCAAAAUAUACCAAAGAAUCAGACGGAAAACUGGCAUUUCUCAAUGAAAAAGUUGUGCGACUCUACGGCGUUUUGCUGCUCAAAAACAACACACAGGAAAUGAAGGAAGACGACUUUGCGCUCAAUCUAAAACUUACAAUGCCAUUCAACUAUCAUCCAGACAUCAAAUUGGAGUAUCUUAAGGGGAACUUCAUUACCGAAAAUGGGUUUAUCAGAUACUUUGCGGAAUCGGAUCUGAGUGAAAACCCUGUCGAGCGCAUUUCGGAGCUGUUUAAGCUAAAGAAAGAGUGGAAGCUUGAGGAUAUCGAGCCGUUUGUGGCAAGAAUUAACACUAAGAAAAUAAAGACGGAUAAAUUCCUCAUCAAGUAUGCAAAGGUUAGACGUGUGGGUAGGCAGACAGUGGUGUGUGCGAAAACGUAG